UUCACAUACGUACUCAUUCUUGCAGGUAAUAAAAAAUGCAGGGAAGACUGGAUCCAUAUAGACUACGAGAGAACCUACAACAUAUUCUUGGACGUCAUCCUACUUGUCAUACCUCUCAUAGUGCUAGGUGUUACUUAUUCUUUGAUAACUAGGACACUUUGCAAAGGAAUGAGGAUCGAGAAGCCCAGCAGCGAUGCUCCCAAUCCAGUAAACUUGUACGUCAACCUUCAAGGAACCAAUUCGACGCGUUCCUCCUGCCGCAACUUCAUCCGCAAGUAUUCCAGCCGCCAGCAUCUACAGCAGAACUGGUCCCAAGAAUCCAGCAGCCCAUUAUCUGGUUCAAGGAAACACCCGACCAGCCUGAGAAGAACCAACGCUGAACGCAGCCUACUGAACAAACGGCGCGUAAUCAAAAUGCUGUUUGCAGUAGUGCUAGAGUUCUUCAUUUGCUGGACUCCGCUCUACGUCAUCAACACCAUAGCCCUCUUCGAUGCCUCCAUCAUCUAUAACAGCAUAGGAUACACUGGUGUCAGCUUCUUCCAGCUGUUGGCUUACACUUCCAGCUGCUGCAAUCCGAUUACGUGCUUGAGGAAGUAUACGAAUUCUAGUAACCACGGGCACACGGGUAGUGAGAUGAACAUGGACACCAAGUGGAGUAAUAGGUUGUCUGAGAGAACUUGA